GAAGAUAUGGUGAAAGACUACGUGGAUCCACCUUCAGCUCCGCUGUUUGAUACAGCGGAGCUGAACAACUGGUCUUUUUACAGAGCAUUGAUUGCUGAAUUUGUUGCGACGCUUCUUUUCCUCUAUGUUAGCGUGGCUACUGUUAUUGGCCACAAGAAGCAAGUUGGUCCCUGCGACGGCGUUGGACUUGUUGGUAUUGCAUGGGCUUUUGGUGGCAUGAUUUUUGUUCUUGUCUAUUCCACUGCUGGGAUUUCUGGUGGGCAUAUAAACCCAGCAGUGACGUUUGGGUUAUUACUAGCAAGGAAGGUGUCAUUACUAAGAGCGGUGGCGUAUAUGGUGGCGCAAUGCUUAGGAGCCAUUUGUGGCGUUGGUUUAGUGAAAGGUGUGAUGAAGGAUGACUAUAACACGCAUGGUGGCGGUGCUAACACCGUCGCAGUUGGCUACUCAACGGGCGCAGCAUUAGGUGCUGAGGUUAUUGGCACUUUCCUACUCAUGUAUACCGUAUUCUCUGCCACCGACGCCAAAAGAAAAGCACGUGAUUCCCACGUCCCUGUACUAGCACCAUUGCCAAUUGGAUUCUCGGUGUUCAUGGUCCACUUGGCCACCAUUCCCAUCACUGGCACUGGCAUCAAUCCUGCUAGGAGUUUCGGAGCUGCUGUCAUUUACAACGAUACCACAGCUUGGAAUGACCAUUGGAUCUUCUGGGUUGGACCCUUUCUGGGAGCAUUGGCUGCUGUUAUCUAUCACCAGCAAAUUCUGCGAGGUCACGUUGCCAAAGCUUUUUAACUCCUUCUACAGCAAUCCCAGUAAUUGAACCACUCUCAUUACUAAU